AUGAAAGCCUUGGGUGAAAACCUAAUGGAUAUGCGGGGAACUCCGAUUGUACUUCUAGUUGGACUGGAAACCAAUAUAAGCAGUCUGUUUGAAGGAUGUUUCUCCCAUCAGAUGCUCAAUGUCCUGGCUUUGAGUACAUUGAAUCCGAAGUUUGUAUACAGCUACCGCGCCUUUCCCUUCUUCAAAUUGGUACGGAGAAGAAUAAGCCAAGUCGAUAGGUUCUUUGAGGCCCAAGUCAAGGAUCUUCAGGGUUAUCCCAUCGCCACCGUCCCCUACAAUCUUCUGCCGCGAUCUGUGAUCUACAGGGAUGGGGAGGGUCGCCGCCAGAUGACGGGCUACCUCACCCAUUUCUACAGGAAUUUCGCCAGGAGCCUGAACGCCUCCUUGCUGGUUCGUUGGGAUCUGGUUCCGAAGGACGAGACUCCCAGCAUCGAAGCCACUGCCGCGUUGCUUCGCGAUGGCCUGGUGGACUUUCCCCUGGUGCUGACCACACUCGCUCCGGAACCCUUCUAUCCCAGCCACGUGGGCGAGAUAACCAGCUGGUUCUUGAUGCUGCCCGUGGAACCAGACGUGUCUCCCUCCAGCCUGUAUUUCAACCUCAAGGGCUGGCAAUACUUCUUGGGCCUGAUGAUCAUUUUGGCGCUGCUGCUGGUCAACGCCCAUCGCCUGGAGUCGGGGCAAGGACUCCUCACCCUGCGAUGCGGGAACAUCCUCGGGGAUCACGUGCUGCGAGCCAUCCUGGCACAGUCCUUCGUCAUGCCCAGCAGGCUCUCCUUCAGCAGAACUCUUCUUUACAGCCUGCUGAUGAUGGCGGGACUCAUAGUGAGCACUUUCUACAGUGCCAAUCUAGCAACGCUACUCGUCCAUCCCCCAGCUGCUUUCAGGAUACUCAGCUACGACGACCUCAGAAGGACCCGUGGCAAAAUCCUUAUCUCCCAGCAGGAGCUGCCCACCCUGAAUGACUCGGUGGGCAGGGAAGUUUUGGAGCGAAACCUGGACACCUUCGAGGUGACCCCGUCCGUGGUGGACUUUCUGGCCCAUCGCAAUGAGCUGAACACCUCCUUCGCCUACCCGGUCACCAACACAUUGUGGCCCUUUCUCCAGCUCAAACAGAUCCGAAUGCACCGACCCCUUUUCCGGAAGUCCAAUGAAAUAAGCUUCACGCGAUUCAUGCCGGUCACCAUGCCGAUGGCGAGGAACUCCAUAUACCGCGACGUCUUCAACACGUACCUCAGCCGCACCCUGGCCAGCGGGCUGUACGACCUGUGGUUCCGGAGAUCCUACCAGGAGGCAGUGGCCGUGGGCAAACUGAACUACACCGUGGAUCCCGCGCCGUCACUCUAUCACGAUCUGGUGUGGGAGGACCUGUACUACGUGUGGAUUGCCUACUUGGGAGGCACCAUGGUCGGCAUAGGGAUGCUAGCUGUGGAGAUCUCUUGCUCCAAGUGGGGUCCAUUGAGACGAGCACCCAUUGAAAUGCACUAG